AUGUCUUGGAAACUCUCUUCUCUCUGUGGUCCUCUGGGGGGGAGCAGAGGAGGAGGGGGAGCAGGAAGGAAAGGAGGAGGGGGAGUGGGGGGAGUGGAGGAGGUGACUGUGUUCUUGUUUGGGGCAGCGUUUGAUGUGUACUGCAAGCAGGAGAUGGGGGCGGUGGUAGCAAUACUAGGAGCCGAAGCCAACCCGCCAAAAGGGAAUCUCCCGCCGUCGCUCCGCGUGUUCCGAGCCAAUCAAAUCCUGCCAGUUGGCACUGCAAGGGACUUCGGCAUCUGUAAGGGAGUCAUGGAGAGCAACGAGCCUUGCACGGCCGUCAUCAACAAAACCUUUGCAGAGUACUGUGACCGCCACAUUGCAGCAGCAUAUCAGAAGAUGAAGCCAACCCGCCUCGAGCUGGACGGAGGGAACCUCUCAACGGCGUUCCUGUAUCGAAACAACGUGUGGCGGUCCUGGCAGGUGCUUCUGGGCAAUGGCACAUGCAGCAGUGGGAGCAGCAGCAGGAGGGGGGCAAGGCCUGUGGCUGCUCUGGACCAAGACGCUCUCAGGAGCAUUCUCAGGGAGAAGGAGAAUCUCACGAGCCGCCCUGUGUUGCAGGGCAAGCAGAACCUCUCGACUGCAUUCCUGUACCGAAACAACGUCCGACGCUCCCGGCAGGUGCUGCUGGGCAAUGGUACAUGUGGCAGCGGGGGCAGCAGCAGGAGGGGAGCAAGGCCUGUUGCUGCUCUAGACCAAGAUGCCCUGAGGAGCAUUCUCAGGGAGAAGGAGAACCUCACGAGCCGGCCUGUGUCGCAGGGCAAGCGAUUUCUGGCCGCGGCAUCGGGGGAUGAGGAGCAGGCCCCCUAUGUACCUCCGCUCAAGCGAGCUAAAGGCGUGGAGACAUUUGAGUUGACUCAAAAGGCAUCGGGGGGUGAGGAGCAGGCUCUGUAUGUUCCUCCGCUUAAGCGAGCAAAAGCUGGAGAAAAAGGGAACAUAGGGGGUGAGACUCUGGGGAGUGGAAGCGGGGUAACAGGGAGUAAGUAUUCUGAGGGGGGAGGGUUACUACAAAAAGGGAGUGUGAGAGGAGGGGUCAAGGAAGGAGUGGCUCUUCAGGAUGAGGUUGGUGGAGGUGACGAUGGGGGAGGGGACAAAAAUCAGGUAGAUGUUUAUGGUGAGGUUAAUGGGGGUAAAGUAGCAAGCGGAGCUUCGGUGAUCCAGGGGAAGAGACCGAAUUGGAUGUUGAGGGAGCAACGCUUUCAACCAAUGGAGAAAAUGGUUGAGCUGGUUGACGUCGGCGAUGACGACAAUGAGGAUGAAAACAUGGGAGCAGAGAACGAGGCCUUCAUUCUGGAUUAG